GCAUUUUAGCCUCAACUUCCAUGUUGCCCCGCCAGGAAUAAGUCCCCUUUUCUAGAAAGAUGGAAAGAUCAAUCAAUCAUUGAUGAAAGAUUCCAUAGUCUAGCCCCACCAAUUCUUCCAGCCAACAAAAUUUCACAUGUUCCACUCCAAGAAACUUUGAAGAAAGUGAGAAGAUUGAAACCUACGACGUACAACGUUCGCAAACUUCAUCGCUUUACCCACCCAGUACCAAUCUCAUAAAACUCCCCCCCCAAAAAAAGAAAAGAAAAGAAGAUGGCCAAGACACUUGAAAGAACUCGUAAGGCCAUUGCGAAAAAGAAGGGUCCCAUUGAAUCUUUAAACAAAUUUUCCCGAGAUUCUAAGAGACUACAUCGAGCGCAAGUUCGAGAUGAGAAGCUUGAAAAACUCGCUUCUUCAAGAAAGAAGAGUGAUAAGCCCUACAUUGAACGAGCCACUUUCUUCCGUGAAGCGCUGAAGCAAAAUGGAAACCAACCCCUUCAGAUAGACGUCAUUCAAGAGCUCAUCAAGACUUUUGUACAUCAGUAUGAUGAAGAGUUAAGCGAAAUAAAGAAGGUGCGGCGUCCAGGACGUCCUGCCAGCACCAGGGAAGAUCUGCUAAAGGUGAAGAUCGAUAAACUUGAAAAGGAACACCAGAAUGGCUUCCUACUCCCGAUACUUGAUGAUGACGAAAAUGCCACGCUACUAAGCCGCUGGGAAGGUAAUUGGUCCUAUCUUACUACUCUCAAAUGGGCGAGGUUAUCUUCCGCCGGAGGCAUCAAACCUUCCAGUUUUCCCCCAAGAGGGGAGCAUUAAAAAUAUUUACCCAGCAAUCACGUGUUUGCAAGCUUGAGCCUGUAGAGAGGCGUGUAACCAUUGUAUGUGCCCUCGGUUGAUGUUUCUAUGUCCGUCGUAGAGCAGACGGGGUCUUACGUACGGACGUAGGAAGUUUCCGAGACUACAUGUAGGUCAGGGAGGUGGCCCCGUUUGGCCGUUGGUUCGCAAACCCGCGGUUACCUACAGCUCUGGCGCACAUCAGCUGCAAACUCCGCAACCAGCCACACCUGCCGGUUUUCAUUCCCAGGUUUUUAAAUGAAUAGAUGGGUAUAGGCGAAACAAUGUCGCUCAUCGGCAAGGUUGCGGCGC